CAAUGGCCAAUAAGCAGCGAAGAAAAAGCCUUGUUGUCUUCCGGGUGAUAUAUUGCAGAGAAACGAAACUCUUCGUGUGAUUUUCACCUUUUAUCGAUCAUUUAAGCAGCAUGUGGGCAUCAACAAAUGAACGUCAGGUCAAAUACUGAGGAGUUUUUAAGUGAGACGUCUCAGACAGAUUGAACUUCAGCAUCAUGUCUGUUUCAGUCAAACAGAGAGAUACUUGCUUCCCACCAGAUUGGGAGGAUGAUGACCGGAUGGCUUUUUUAUUUUCGGCCUUUAAAGAGAACCGAGAUGUUGACUGUACAGACUGGGAUGGAAAGAUAAACUUCUGGAGUCCAUUGAUCAUUGAUCACUGCAGGCGACAUGGAUCAGUGUGUGUCAAUCUGCAGGAGUUAAAUGAGAGUUUCAGAAGAAAUGGAUGUGUACCUCUUGGUUUGAGUACUGUCAUUCAGAGCAUGAUCAGGAGUGGAAAGGUACAGAAAGAAUCGGAUUUUGCUGCAAACGUAGAUUCUGGCUGGUUAUCGUGGGGUGUUGGACUGUUGUUGGUGCGGCCUUUGAAAUGGACUCUAUCUACUUUGCUGGGCAGUGGGAGAGUUCCUCCGGAUGAGUCAUUUGUUGUGAUUGAACUGGUUAAGGAAAAGGCUGCAGCGCUGUUAGCGGCGUAUCGGAGUUCUCCGGUAGCAGAGCGAUCUUUGCUGUCCUUUCAGGACCUGCGGGCUUUGUCUUCUCACAUCUGUCCUGACGAAAGCACACUGUGCAUGGCGCUGCUACAGCUACAGAGAGAAAAGCAAGUCACUGUCUCACUCCAUGAAGGCGAGAAGCUGGUAAAAUUCAGCCAAGCAGGGCAUGGCCGCGUGUCUCCUGUCAGUGAGGUGGACCUGGGCAUCUAUCAGCUCCAACGCAGUGAGAAACUUUUGGAAGAAAGAGUGGAGGCGUUGGGACAUGAAGUGGAAAAGUGCAAACAGCAGGCAAAGACUUUGCUUAAAGAGGGCAAGAAAUCACAGGCCCUGAGGUGUUUACGUGGGGGUAAGCGUGUGGAGAAGAAAGCAGAUCGUCUGUUUGCUCAGCUUGAGACAGUGAAGGGGAUCCUGGACAGAAUAGCAAACUCCCAAACUGACCGCCUGGUGAUGCAGGCAUACCAGACAGGUGUGGCGGCUUUGAGGAUUUCACUGAAGGGUGUGACUGUGGAGCGAGCAGAGAACCUUGUUGAUCAGAUACAGGAGUUGUGUGAUGCUCAGGAUGAAGUGAACCAGACUCUUGCCAGUGGGACGUUGGAUUCUGGUGGUGAUUCAGAUGAGUUGGAGGAGGAGCUGAAGUCAUUAUUGGAGACAACCAUCUCAGAAAGCAAUGAAGUACUGCCAGAAGUCCCUACACACCCUGUGUUUCCUGCUAGAAAGACAGGAGGUGAUGAUUUCAUCCCAUCUCUGCCCACUGUGCCUAGCGCUGGCCUGGGUAUCACAGAUGAGGAGUUGGACAGAGAACUGAGUCGGCUUGCAGUCUCUGACACAGAUGUGUCAUCUAACAGGAGACUUGAGCCGGCACAGUAAUAAAGUAUCAGCACAAAGUAACCUCUAAAAUGGGUUAAUCUUUAUCCAUUAAAAAAGCCAUCAAUUACCUGACAGUACAAUACAUGUGUGUCCUUGCAUUAUAAAAAGCUCUUAUUCAUGUUUGUACUAGCAUGUUUAGUUUUAUUUUUAAAGAAUAUUUUAAAAUUGGCCUUUGAGUUUGUAAAGUCUGUACAAUGCAUUAUCUAAUAAAAACUUAUGAUGCCAAAUAAAUAUAUAAAUACUUUAAA